AGUAUUGCGGCUAACGGAGACGGGAGAGUCAGAGAGAGGGGGGGGCGGUCAUCCUAACCUGGGAGCCCAAGCCCGGGCAGCUUGUGCCCGGUGUAGGAGCAACACCAGUGACGGCCGCGGCGGGUUUGUCCGGGCCGCCGAGUCUGUGCUUGUGCCUCUCAGCGUCGGGAGGCGGGGGAAUGCUGGUCCUGUGCGCGCCCCCUCCCAGCCCCUGUCCCGGUCAAGACCGACGGAGGUGGUGAAUGCACUGUCAUCAAGGUGGCCGUUAGGACGCGGCCUGCAAGGCCUUCUCUCCUACCGCCGCCUCCUUCUCUUCCUCCUCCUCAUCUCCGCUUUGCUUCACAUUCAUCGACGAAGAAAUGGGGGUCAGCUGUGACGCUUGUUUAAAGGGAAACUUCCGAGGCCGCAGAUACAAGUGUUUAAUUUGCUACGAUUACGACUUGUGCGCAUCGUGCUACGAGAGCGGAGCCACAACGACCCGACACACUACAGAGCAUCCCAUGCAGUGUAUAUUAACUAGGGUAGAUUUUGACUUGUAUUACGGCGGCGAGGCAUUCUCAGUGGAGCAGCCGCAAUCCUUCACGUGUCCAUACUGUGGCAAAAUGGGGUAUACGGAAACCUCUCUACAGGAGCACGUGACUUCUGAGCAUGCAGAGACCUCUACGGAGGUGAUCUGUCCGAUAUGUGCAGCUCUUCCAGGAGGUGACCCCAAUCAUGUCACGGACGACUUUGCUGCCCAUCUCACACUUGAACACAGAGCACCUAGAGAUUUAGAUGAAUCAAGUGGUGUUAGGCACGUGCGAAGGAUGUUUCACCCUGGCCGGGGGCUUGGGGGUCCUCGCGCUCGCCGGUCCAACAUGCACUUUACCAGCAGCUCCACUGGAGGGCUCUCCUCCUCACAGAGUUCUUCAUAUUCCCCAAGCAAUAGGGAGGCCAUGGAUCCCAUAGCAGAACUGUUGUCACAGCUCUCAGGCGUGCGGCGCUCUGCAGGCGGGCAGCUGAACUCCUCUGGUCCGUCUGCAUCACAGCUGCAGCAGUUGCAGAUGCAGCUGCAGCUGGAGCGGCAGCAAGCACAGGUAGCACGGCAGCAGCUGGAGUCAGCACGCAAUGCCACGCGGCGCAACAACCCAAGUAACAUCAGCACCACUGUCACACAGCCCAGUGGCAACUCAAACCCAGCACCACCUGACAACACCCCUCCUGUUUCCCACAACUCCCAGUUCCUCCUCACCAGGCUGAGUGAGCCAAAGAUGUCUGAGGUGGAGCGACAAGCGCUAGAGAGUGAGCGGGCUGACCGCAGCCUGUUUGUCCAGGAGCUGCUGCUGUCCACCCUGACACGCGAGGAGAGUUCCUCGUCUGAUGAGGACGAGCGCCGAGACUUCGCCGACUUCGGGGCCAUGGGCUGUGUUGAUAUCAUGCCUUUAGAUGUUGCUCUAGAGAGUUUAAACCUGAAAGAGAGAAACACAGGGAAGGAGCCUCCGCCCCCUCCUCUUUGAUGACAUUCUACCACGCAGACAAUGUCCUCUGUGCUGUAACUGCCAAUGAGAGUGGACAACAGCUUUUUGGGUUUUUUCUGUUUGUUUUUUUCUUUUUUGGUGUUUGUAAUUUCAAGUCUGUCACCCUUACUACAUUGUGUACAUACAUCAAGGGGAAAGAAAAAUAAAUAUAUAUAUCUAUAAAUAAAAGUUGAUAAUCAAUUCCACUUAACUAAUUUUUACGUCAGCAGGUCAAUGUAGGUAGCAGUGCCAGGGACAGCUUGUGCUGCCUUUUUGGAAGGCUCUCUGAGUAGAGAAUACUCCAUAUUUAAAAGUGAAGAGGAAACAAAACCCUUCUCUAAUAAAGCUGCUGUGUGUAUUUAUGAAUAUUAAUGAAUAAAAAGUGCUUGGAUGGUUUACCAUAAACUACCGCAUGAUGUCAUUUGCAGUGCGCAUGAGUUUUAAUGACUGAUUAAAAUAGGGUAAAAGGAAAAAAAAUAGACAUGGUUACUGGAAAUUUUUUUUAGCCAAAUACAAAGUUAAAAAGACUUCAAAAUCUGAACAAUUGCAUAUUUCUAUUGUCUUUUACACCAUUGCUGUUUACAAAGUCAUUGAUAUACCUUGCUCACCCUCUAUCGCUUGGCUGCUCACAUGAUUUUGGUUUCACAUACCCCCCCAGUUUGCUUCCUUGCAGCAUGUAAGGCCUUAUUGUGUUCUGGUAUCACAUGGUCUGCACACAAGAGGAGCUCCUUAAGAAAACCACCAGGAAAUCCCAAUGUUUUUUAUGUAGUAGUUCCCUUUUCCUGAGAUGGUUCAUUCAGCUCUAUUAACUCCUUAAGCUACAGCCCCUGUAGCCCCUCACUACUCAUCUUUCUACAGACUUUAUCCAGUCUACCUUUUGCUGGAACAAAUUUCAUCUUCCAGACAACCUUUUUAGAUAGAGGUUGGAUGUAUUUAUCUACCUCUUAACUGUUUUUCCAUUUAGUUCUAAAAUAUACUUUCUGAUUUACCCACUGAUUGCACCUUAGUAUGUUUUUUGAGCUUUGUGUACAGUGAGAUCAUAUCUUAUUGCUCCAUGUAAAAAAGUGAGUUGUCAGAUUUAUACAUUAGCUUUUUCAAGGUUUUGUUGGGACAUGGUGAACAUUUUUUUUAAAUGCAGCACUUUUGGAGGUACUUAUUAAAUGAAGGGCAGACCACAUCAGUUCUGCUGCCACAGUCUUUUCUCUCCAAAAUGUUCAGCUGUUUUUUUAUGUAUGCUAUUUUUUGUUCAUUUAUUUUCAGACCUUUUCAGUACUAUCACAUUUGUUGGUGUAGCUGACACAUCUUUCAAAAGCAACUUUCCACGCUAAGCUACCUACAGUUAAUUUCCCAUUUGCCAUAAAAAGGCACAGCAGAGACUGACAGGAGGAUGCUUCUGCUUUAAGGGAUAAGUUUUUCAGCAACAACAUCAAGUUCUGAUCUUAGAGGACCAACCGCAGUACUUUAUUUGCUGAUCAUACUAUCGGCCUCUAUAAGAAUUAAGGUUCACUGCUUCCUUCGUUUUGUGCUUCAGACUGGUGCCUACAAUUCCCGAGUAAUCUCUUGCCAAUGCUUUAUGGGUAGGCCUGUGAAGAUACCAAAGACUGUUUUGUGUAACUUUAUCACUGCGAGUUCUGAGUGGUGUAUUACAUUUUGGCUUUAUGCUGUAUUAUACUGUAGCAUGCAGUUUUUGGGACAGAUGCGAUUGUGAUUGUCAUGUGCAGAAGCUCAUUUAAAACCUCUUUUAGACUUGCCUUAAAUAAAAAUAAACAAUCUAAGAU